AUGGAAGCCAAUCCCAUGGCCGCCCCGCGCCUUGUCCCAAUUGCUCCCGCGCCAGCUACGGCAUCAUCUGUUGACGUGCAGAAUGGCUCCAACGCAGACUUGACGACAAUGCGCUUCAACUGCCAAGGCUGUGUGCGCAAAAAGGUCAAAUGCGAUAGGGUUAUGCCGACAUGCUCGAGCUGCAGCAAAGCAAAACUUCACUGCGUCUACCAGGCUCCCCUGCCGCGGAAGAGGAAGCGAAGCCAGGUCGAAGACGUGUAUGAGCGUCUCGCACGGUAUGAGCGCAUCUUGCAGGAGAACAAUCUUCUCCCUACUGCCUCUGCAUUGACCCCAUGCAGCAAGGAGAUGGAGGCGUCGGUGGUCAGCACACGGGAUGCAAGCCCAGCGCCGGACAUGCAACCCGCUAGGUCUGGUAAACUUCUUUCCGCCGAUGGCAAGUCUCGAUAUAUUGACAAUGUUCUCCUCCUUGAGGCUGGAGAAGGCGACCUGUGUGAAUUAUCCGAUGCAGACCAAGAUGACUACCAGCAUGAAGACACUGGACCUGAUGAGAGCACCCCGACUGGUCUUCUGAGCAUCCUCGCAGCACAUACAGUGUUUGGGGCUAUACAUGGAAGCACCCAGAGCCUCACGAACCAACAUCCCAGCUAUGAGGAGGCUACAGAGCUCUGGAAUAUGUACGUGCAAAAUGUCGAGCCUCUUUGCAAGGUUCUUCACGUUCCGACUGUCGCAAAAAUGGUCGACACAGUUGCAAAACAACCUUCUGCGGCCUCCAAGAGUGACGAAUGUCUGCUUUUUGCCAUCUACUAUUUCGCCGUGUUCUCCAUGUCAGACGCCGACUGUCUUCAACUGUUUAACCAAACGAAAAACCAUUUGAUGUCGACAUAUCGAACCGCUAUCUGCCAGGCACUUGUCAAUGCAUCGUGGCUGAAGUCUACAGCGAUGCCGAUACUACAAGCUUACACUCUCUUCCUCAUCGCCAUGCGCACUCAAAUUGAUUCUCACACAUUUUGGAUAUUGACAGGGGUUGCGAUUCGCCUCGCACAACGCAUAGGGCUGCACCGUGAUGGUGAAAGUCUGGGAUUGCCACCAUUCGAGGUCCAGAUGCGACGGCGGCUCUUUUGGCAACUGCUUCCACUGGACGGCUAUGCGGGCCAGGUCUGCGGCACUGGGAUUUCCAUAUCGCCGAGUAGCUGGGAUACCAAGCCACCGCUUAACAUUAACGAUGACCAGAUCUUCCCUGGUAUGACGCAGAAGCCUCAAGAGCAAAGGGGUGCUUCGGAAAUGAUCUUCUGCUUGUCGCGGAUCGAACUGUCCAAUUUUUACAUCCGAACGGGUGUCAAAAUGAAGGAAAUUGGUGGUACUAUUCAAUUCAAGGAUGCAGAGGAGAUCGAGAGGCUCAUCGACGAGGUCGAAGAUUUCAUCGAGACAAAGUUUCUUCGAUACUGCGAUAUCCUGAAACCCCUGCACGUUUUCACCAUGGGAAUUGUACGAUCUGCCACCAAUGCCGUCCGACUGCGUGCUCGAAUGCCACUACUACUGACGCAAACCAUUGCCGACGCGCAAAGAAGAGAACUCUGCACUCUCGCAGAAAAGAUCCUCGAUACAAACAGCGCCAUCUACGGCAACCCCAGCAUGAAGAAAUUCCGGUGGCAGAUGCAAGCCUUCUUCUUGUGGGAUGCCCUUCUCUGUAUUUUACUUAGCCUGGCAGAAGUCGGAUUCUACUCGACGCCAGAGCUAAACGCUACCUGGAACAAGGUUGCAGAGGUCUAUUCGAAUCACGAAGAACUUGUCAAGCGCAAGAAAGCCCUGCAUGUCACCAUUGGCAAAUUAACUCUCAAGGCCUGGAUUGCCAAUCCUCCGAGUAAUUCGUCCACAGAACCGGCUUUCAUAACCACGCUGCGCGCCCAACAUGAACCGAACGUCAACACACAGCAGGGGAGAGUUUAUGAAACGGUGGGUACCGAGCAGGUUACGGGGGGUGGAUUUGAUGAUUAUGAGCUUUUUGACAACAGCCAUUGGACAGACUUGAAUCUUGAUACCGGCUUCACUCUCGACUCUUCAGAUUGGGUGGUUUGGGACCAGCUGUGUCGAGGGACUAGUCUGGGCUAA